ACUUGAGAUAUAUUUUGCCUAUUUCGAAAUCGAAUGCAAGAAAAUUAAUUCAUCUUUAAUCUUUUCGUCACUUUUAAAGUUUUCUUACUUUUAUAGAAAUUAUAUUAUAGUUUUAGUAAAACCGAAUUAGAGCGUAGUGCUCUAUUUUAUAUCUUCAUAUCAUUUAAUAAUACAUAGCAGCAUUCAACAAUGAGCGAUAAAAAGCGAGUCAGCAAGGAAACAGAGGCAAGGAUUCGAAAGCGAGUUGACUGUGAGAGAAAAGCACAUGAAACAGUAGAGAGACUAAUAGAAAAUCCGGUUUCUGAAGAAAUGUUUAUUGAAAUUGCAAAAUACAUUCAUCCUGAUCAUUACGAGGACAUCAUUGAAGAGAGAUAUAUAUCAAAGCUGUGUGGUUAUCCGAUUUGCAAAAGUUUUUUAAAAAAUAUACCAAAACAAAAAUAUAAGAUUUGUACAAGAACCAACACUGUUGUUGAUAUUACAAGUAGAAAGCGAUUUUGCAGCGACUUCUGUUAUGAAGCAUCGUUACACUAUGAAAAACAAAUACCCAAUAGCUCAGUUUGGAUGAGAGAAGGAGAAGAUGUGAAAAUAGAACUUUUAUCUGCCGAUACAAAUCCCAUGGGAAAACCCGGUGCUAAAGUUACCCUUCGCUUGGGGGAGGAUAUAAAAGAAGAACUUGAACAAUUAGAGAAAAUUGACUCAAAAUUGGAGAGCUUGAAAUUAGAUGAAGAUUCACAAAAGGCCCAUUCAUUGUCCUAUUUAGAGUAUUCUAAAAAUACUGUUGGCGAUCAAGAUUCCGAUGAAGAUGAACAAAUAGAUAGGAAAAACGAACCCACUGACAUAAUUGCGAAGAGGUUACGGAAAGUAAAAAUAUUGGAGGUUGAAUUUGACAGCGACGAUGAGCAAUCGUGCGAUGACACUGAUGAUAAGGAGAGGGCUGAGAUUCCUGCUGGUGGUCAUGACCUUAAUAUCCAGCAGAUGGCGUCUUAUGUCGGUACCGAGAAAAGUUUUGAAGACAAGGUGAAAGAAAAUUUUACAGAUUGGUUUACCGACGCAACUGCAGAAUUUAUAACUGGAUCAGGUGGAAAAACUAAAGAUGAUAAAAACAAAGAAAAAUGGAAUAGUUUACGGAAUGAAGCCGACAUUCAAAAUGAUAAAGUUUCGAAAUUCUACCACCCGAAAAUCUGUAAUAAAGUGAGAUUCGAAGAGCCAGAGAAUGAGAGGACUAUGACGGAUGUCGAUUUGCCAGAUGUCGACAAGUACACUCAAAUUCGUUUCAGGAGGAGAAUUACAAUGGAAAAAUUGACCAAAGCGUACGUUUCCGCAUUCGCCCAAUUUAUUAAAUUAUCCAAUAUCAUUCUUUUCGGCAGUAUGACACCACUCUUAGAGGAUUUUCGAUUAGCUUUUCGAGACAUUUCCGAUGACGUCCGGCAGUUGGUCAACACCUUCAAGUACGUAAAAUUGAAAGUCUUCUUGGUAUACUUCUCAAUAAAAAACUUCUUUGUUGAAUUAAAACAGCUUGACCAGCGAUAAUAUUGUUAUGAAAAGUACUGAGUGGCGGAAAAUUGCAACAUAUGUCUUAUUGUGGUAAGUCAAAUAGCUUAUUCGGUAGAUGGCAGCUCAUUUUAUCGCUUAAAAGCCUCUGAUAAUCACAACGAAUCGCAUUUGUUUUUACGACCGGCGCAUAUGUCGAAAGAGGGGAUUUUAUGACUUGUCCAUUUUUACGACUGUGCCCCGUUUCAUCGAGUAAAAAGAGAUUGAGCCCGCAUUCGUUAUUUCAAUAACUGGCAUACAAGCCUUUGUUAAAGGAUGAAUGCGCUUGAGGUCGCCUAAGAUUUGCGGAAGAAGAGUUGCGCGGCGCCCUCAGAUAAAAAACAUGUCAAACACUUAAAAUCUUUUAAACGACGUUUGCUCAGGUUCGACCCUGACCUUGAUCACGUGCAGCCAAACUAUUCUAUAGCUGCCAUACUUGCCCUUUUGCCGCAAAAGAAUUGCGGCGGGCCGUAUCGAUUUCGAACAGUUUUGUCUUGUCUGGCUAAUUGUGGUUUGACAACGUCUCAGAGGUGUUGUGCUCAGCUUUUCUGACAUUUACUGUCUUUGUUUGCGUACCGGUAUAAACUUUAUGCGUGUGUAUAUACACAAAUAUGUUUGUUUGUAUACGGGCAAGAAAUAAUUGCGAACGAUUGAUAUAAUCAAGUAGGCGGCAAUUAUACGCGCAUGAGAGAUAAGAUAAGUAGCCGGAUCGACUAUUAUUGAGGAAAGUGCAAACGAUUUCCCUCUUUUACAAAACGUUGCCUGUCAAUUAAAGCCGUAAAAUGGCCAGUUAAAGAGCAACAAUUAAGACAUCAUCUAAUUAAGCGUCGCCACUCUUUUCAGCUGCUCUCGUUCAAGCUCGAUUUGCCCUCAGACAAUAAGCACGCGCUGAAAUGCAGAUGUUUUCACCAUUCAAAUCGCCUCUAUACGGUCGUUGAGGAUGCCACCUGCUUUUUUCUUUGAUUGUCAAACGAUUGUGUAAUAAGUAAGAUGGAUACGCCGAUAAUUAUUCUCGUUUCUUUUUUAUAUAUGAAAAACUCAUUGGACUUCGCGGCUUGAACACUGAAUAAUAUAUAUUAGGUUAAAAAACAGAUUAAGCAGGUGCCGUCCAUUUUUGAAAGUUUAUUCUUUUAUUAUGACGUUACGGUGUGAGUCUUCAAUCAAAUUCAAUCGUCUAGAGUUUCUAUGCCUAAACAUUUACGCUUUUAGUAUGAUCGCAUAAAAAACGUUUCUUUUUUUUUUUACCGUUAUAAAUCAUCAAUCCUAUCUGAUGACGUCUAUAAAAAUUUCUAUAAUUAAAAUUUCCCCUUUCAAUAUCCUCCUGGCAUAGUUUGUUCAAGUUUCAGUUUUGAAUAAGAGACGCCGUCAUGCUCUCUUGAACGUCUUUUCCGUUCACUUUAACUCGAUUAUACGAUCGUCAUGCUGGCUUUAAUUUAUAAAAAAGUGUCUUUGUCUUGCUUUUUCCAUAAGAAUAAAAUUUUUUUUAACUAUAAAAAACAUUUAUGUGUUUGCAUACAUAAUUUUAAAGAAAAUGUUAUUUUAAAGAGUUUAUGAUGAAUUAUCCUUAAGCGGAAAAUGGACACUUAUGGAGAAAUAAGCCAGGUGUCGAAGAUUUUAAUCAGGCCUUUUUGAAGUUUCACCUUCCAACGUCGGCCUGUUUUGAAGUUCAUAGGUUUAUUUCGGCUGUCGCAUCUACAUACAUCGACAGCCCAUUAUUGAACGUUCAAGAGCACUUGAGCCCUACUUAGAUAUGAUUGUGAUUAAUUACUAUCCGAAUAAGGCGCAUUUACAGAUAUUGAUUUAAUUAUAUAUAUGGUUGCCUAGGCCUAUUUAGGGCUAUCACGCUAACGCCUAGUUAGUCAAGUAUAGACGAGGGGGUGGAAUGCGGCAAUUGUGCGAUAAAUGGACGAUGGGCGUUUGUAGGCGGGGCUGUUUGUUGACUCGCAUAGUUCCUGCUCACCUUCUACUCGAGUUAGUUAACGACAUCGGACAGGAACAAGCAAAAGUGUAGGGUUAAAUAAAUACGGGUAUCUGGCAGACGGUAAAAAAAGAUAUAGCAAUCGGUGGGAGGUAGGCUUUCCAUUGUAAAAGAGACGGGAGAGAGGUUUAAGCGCGGGAGAGGGGGGUAAAGGCGGUCGUGCACCGUACGGUUAGAAUUUGAGACGCGUUGAAUAUUAUUUUCUUUUAAUAAAACGAUAAAGAACCAACCGCUACUGAAUUCGAUAUGUUGGAGUGUUGCUCCCGGCGUAGCGUUAAUAAACUGCUUAUGAAAUUUCACUUUUGAUACGCUUCUUUUUCAGCGUUUCACCCCGGCAGCUGCCUCUCUAUUGUCCACUCAGUAUUCGUUCGGCGCCACUUUUGAUACGCGAUAUUAAUUAUAUUUUACGGCGACAGUUUGCCAAGCGGAAGGAAUUAAGUAAUAAAUGAGUGCUAAUUGGCAAUAAGUGGCGAGAUCAUAAGCGGAUUCCAUAACGCCCAUUUUCUCAAUCAUUAAAGCGUUUCACAAGGCUUUCCCUCUCACCGCCCCUAAAGUGUUGUGACAUGCGUCCGUAUGUUCAUUAUUUUGAACCGGUUAAUUAAUUUUAUUUCUUUUACGCGUAUGUAUGGCAAAGUGUAUGUACUUAUUUCAUUUUCUCUUAUAGCUUGAAAAAGACACCUGACACCCCGAAUACCCUGGAUGACAAGGAUACGAAAUUUGUUUCGGAUCUUAUUGGCUCUACGACGAUAAAAAGCGUCAUAAUAGGACAAAACCAAUGCUAGAAAUGCGCGUAAGGCGAUGCGGACAAACGCAGCGUCACUUGCGGCGUUUCUCCCCGCGGACGGACGUCACCGCUAUAAUCUGAUUGCACCUUUCAGGAGAUUGUGUGCGUGUGGCACAAAGAAAAUGCCGCGAAAAUCUGCCAAAAUGUCGCCGCAAAUGGCUACCACUUUCGGGGUUGUUAUAUGAUUAAAUAUGCAUACGUAUAGACAGGCGCGUGGAGAGCUGCAGCGGUCAUAUUUGUCUUUAUACGACUUUAUAUGCGUUGUUUGUUUGUUUAUAUAAAUGUGAAUAUAUACUUUUUAUUUAUACACGAAAUGAGUGGGCAAGUAUAAAGCAGUCCAUAAAUUUUUUUAUACGAAUGCUGGUAUAUUUCAAUAUCAACAUAAUUUCAUUCCUUUGAAGAAUAUUACAAAUAUAGGAUUUUUUGUACAUAGAUAUACAUAGAUAGAUAUGCAUAUAAAUAUUGUAUGUAUAGGGGAUAUUGGAACAUCUUUCACCUAUACAAAAGACCGCUAAUCUAUUGAAUAAAUAUUGCCAUAAAAUGAAAUAUUAUACAGAAUAGUUGGUCGUUUUCGAUAUCUACGCUUCGUUGUUCCGCAUAUUGAUUUUACGUAAGACAAGAUGUUAGUUCAAUCGAGUUCGGCAUUGAAUUGUCAAAUUCUUUACUAGCUCUUCAAGCUCGUUUAUGUUUGAUUUGUGCGUGAAUAUAUAUGAAUAAGAUGACGUCUGUAAAAAUUGCCGUCUGAAUAAAUAUC